CCCGCAAACCAAGCAAUGUACGCACAGAACAGUGCCAGAGUCGGACUAAAGACAUUUGAAGAUGAAAACUUGCCUAGAACUUACAUUCAUUCCAUAUAUAAAUUCGGUUGGUGUACACCAGACGCCAUAGCACCACAAUUUUUAAGAAAAACUGCUAACAUAACAUUUCCUACAUGGCAAUCAACACAAGUCAAUUACAUUUAUCUGUUAGAAAAUAAAAAUACACAACGAUUUCAUUUGCAAUGCAUCAUAAUGAAAUUUUUCGUGCCAAGGAAGUUCAUGUUUAAACGUGGCCGUUUCCCUAUGUACUACUGUCAAGGAUAUGCAAUGGUGAUGAUUUUCAACAACGUUAAUAAAUUAGAGGUCCAUGAAUUUUACAUACAAUAUGCACUGGAUAUGCCUACUAAUAUUGCAUUUGAAUUCUACCAUCCAACACCAUUAUAAUACAAGAAGAGGACAAGUCAAUACACGACAAGAUUAUUGGUCCGAUAAAUUGCUACGAAACUUUCUAUACAAAAUAGAAUAUGAUAUUGC